AUGACAUCGACUGAACAGCGCUACCCUCAGAUUGACAAGGAGGCGUUGGCAAUAGUGUGGGCGGUACAAAAAUUCUUUCAUUACUUGUAUGCACGCCACUUCACACUCAUUACGGAUCACAAGCCUCUAGUGCAAAUCCUCCAUCCAACAAGAUCUCUACCGGUUUUGUGCAUCAGUCGUAUGGCAAAUUACGCAGAUUACCUUGCACACUUUAAUUACGAUGUCGUGUUUAGACCAACUAAAGCCCAUACUAAUGCAGAUUACUGCUCGCGCUUACCGUCGUUACCCACAACCAGUGCGGUGCACUCACUAACUAUCGAGAAGCAGCCGGAAACGAUCGAUGAUGUUCUCACAUCGUUUGUCCUUUGUCAAGUUAAUCAACUGCCGGUACGAGCAACUCACGUCGCACGCGAGACGAAGAAGGAUGUCGAGUUGGGAAAGUUAGUUCGACUACUAGAGGAAGGUCGCGACUUGGGCCGUUAUGGAUAUAAGGCACCAGAAGCGAACUAUACAUUGGUCUCUGGUUGUUUGAUGUUCGAGCAUCGGGUGGUGAUCCCACCGUCGUUACAGCAGGCAAUCCUGUGUGAUCUCCAUUCAGCACAUGUCGGGAUUGUCAAGAUGAAAGGCAUUGCUCGUUCCUUCGUCUAUUGGCCUGGUAUUGAUAGAGCAAUCGAACAGAGUGUCAAGUCCUGUGGGGAGUGUGCGAAACAUGCUAGUACGCCAACACGGUUUCUGGAUCAUCAUUGGGAGUACCCAAAGGGCCCAUGGGAACGGGUUCAUGUUGACUAUGCAGGACCAGUUGCGGGCUCGAUGCUGUUGGUAGUUGUCGACGCCUACAGCAAGUGGCUUGAGGUUAAGCCUACCAAGUCUACUACUACGCAGGCUACAGUUCAACUCCUGGAUGAGUUGUUCUCAACAUAUGGGUCACCAGUUACCAUUGUUUCAGAUAAUGGUACUCAGUUUACAGCUGGUGAGUUCAGUCAGUUCCUCAAGCAAAGCGGAGUAAAGUACCAUAAGCGAACAGCUCCGUAUCAUCCUUCGACGAAUGGCCAAGCUGAGAGGUACGUGCAAACAGUAAAAAACGCGUUGAGCGCAAUGGGAACAACACCAGCGUCGCUGCAAGAAAAUCUGAAUAAGUUUCUGCGUCAGUAUCGUCAGGCCCCACACGCCACAACGGGACAGUCACCUGUCCGGUUGUUCUUGGGCCGCAGUUUGCGUACGCGACUCGACUUGGUGCGAUCAGAAGAAGUCGGAGUCAGAAUCAUGGAAAAGCAACGAGCGGAGUUUGAACCCUUGUUUCGCAAGUUUCGUGUAAACCAAGCUGUGUAUUUUCUUUCAGGCAACCCAAGAAUGGACAAGUGGGUUCCAGGCAGGGUGGUCACUCGACUGGGUGACCUUCACUACGAGAUCGACUAUGGUGGUAGGCGCUUCAAACGUCAUGUUGAUCAGAUGCGUGACCGUGUGGAGGGAAAAGUCCCUGAGCAGCCUACCGCGACUGGCCAGCCGAGCGGUGGCCUUGGUGCGACGGAGUCGCCUCGGCGGGUUCAUUUUUACGGGAACUCGGCGUUGGAGGUUACAGGCACAGAAGUUCGACCGGAAGCGGCUCCGCUAAUGACCAGGACAGAGUCGUCGUCGGCGGUCGCGGACUCAACGAGACGAGCUCACGCUUCUCCGUGUCACCAGGGCCCGACGGCUUCCGGUGCCCUGCGCCGUACAACAAGGGUCCGCCGCCCGCCUCAAAGAUACACUCCUGCUUAA